CCUGGGCUUGACUGACUGCCCGACCUGUGAGCGAGAUGACGACGACCAGCUUCCUCCCCCGCUCCGCGGCGGCGCCGCCGCUGGACGACGACGACCUGCUCUCCGAGAUCCUCCUCCGCCUCCCCCCGCAGCCUUCCUCCCUCCCGCGCGCCUCCCUCGUCUGCAGGCGCUGGCGCAGCCUACUCUCCGACCCCGCCUUCCGCCGCCGCUUCCGCAUCCACCACCACCGCAGCCCUCCGCUCCUCGGCUUCAUCGAUGCCAACCAGGGCAUCACCUUCCAGCCAGCCCUGGACGCCCCCGACCGCCUCCCCCGCGGCCACUUCUCCCUCAAGCUCGACGACCGCUACAUGACCCUCGGAUGGCGCCACGGCCUCGCGCUCUUCUUCCUCCCGAUCUCGCUCCAGGUCGUCGUCUGGGACCCCGUCGCCGGCGUCCAGCACCGCCUGGCCGUGCCCCCGGGGUUCGGGUUCCACCCGUUGGAGAACCCGAUCGACGGGACGGUGCUUCGCGCCGCCGGAGAAAUCGACCACUUCCAGGUGGUCCUGGUAAGCAGCGACGGGAAGCAACCUAGAAGGGCGCUCGCCUGCGUUUACUCGUCGGAGACCGGCGUAUGGGGCGAUUCCAUCUCAUGCCCGCUUCCAUUGGGGACUAUGGUUCAUAUAGGCAACCCCGCUGUGCUGGCCGGGGAUUGCAUUUAUUGGUUGAUUUCAGCAUCGAAUAUCCUUGAGUUUGAUUUGGAUAGGGAGAGCCUAGCUGUGACAUUGUUGCCAGGGCAGGUGCUCGCCAGCCGCAAUCGCAAUGUCGCGGUUAUGCGGGCAGAGGGUGGUGGGAUGGGUCUCCUCGUCGUUUCAGGCUUCAUCGCCCAAUUAUGGAAGAGGGAGACAGACUGGCAUGACGUUGUUUCAUGGAUCCCUGGAAGAACUAUUGAACUGGACAAGUUAUUUCUCCUAAGUUCAGAGAAAGAGCCACCGAAUAUGUUAGGUUACGCGGAGGAAAAUAAUGUGGUGUUCUUCUGGACAAUUGUUGGUGUCUUCAUGGUCCACCUGGAGUCAUUGCAGCUCAAGAAACUUUCUGUGACCGGCAUCGCUUAUCGUUACUAUCCAUUCGAAACCGUCUAUACUCCAGGCAUUGGUGGUGGACACGAGGGAGCGGAAGUUGUAAGGCAUUUGUGGUGGACACGAUGGAGACAGUACAUAAGACGAUUAUUCAGUUAGAUAUGAUAUUGUGAUGUACCGGUCGAGCAGGUCAGCGGGAUGAGGCGUGGUGCAUGUGAUAAGCUCUUUGUACUUGUUAAAAGCUCAUUUGUAUGUGUAUGAGUGUAUCUUACCGCUUCGCUGGUGUUAGUAUAUAAGUACUGUUGUACCUAUGAAAGUGAUAGGUGUAUUACACGAACAUGCGUGUUCUUAUGGUAGUGCUCGUCAGAUUUUUCUUAUGUACUACCCAGAUGUCUUAUAUUUAGGAAUGGAGGUAGUAUAUAUAAGGCUCGGUUGUAUUGUGAA